CAGGUGUUUCGGUUCGGGCGCCUAGAGCUUGGGGUAGCCGGUAUCUCUUGCCUUCGCGACCCCGACGAUGGGGGACCUGCGGAUAUUGUGCGGCACUUUGUUGCCGGACAAAAGCCUGCAGGUGAUGGACGAAGACGAGGAGGCGGUCUUGGUGGAGGACGAGGAGGACGAGCCGCUCUUCGUGGACGCGGAGGAGCUGUGUAAUGGAGGGGUGAGGUCGGGCGCCCUCCCCGCGCUCUGUCCGGUCAUAAUUGAAGAUGAAAACACCACAAAGGGGAUUCAAGUAUUUGGACGGUUUCCAUUGGUUGGUCCUUGGUGGAAAGUUAAAGUAAAAGUAAAACUUGUAGGAGCUCGGUACAUUGCCCUUGGAUUACCGUCUUACUUUUUACAGACAGACUUAUCAGUCAGUCGAAGAGAUAUUUGUUCACUUUUUCUUAAGGCCUGUGAAGUUCAAGAUGAUUUUAGAGAGGACUUUUUAAAGUGGGUACAUGAAAAAUCAAGUUUUCGCAACUUGAGCUUUGCAAAUCUUCAAGAAGCACUCGAAGAUUUUGAAGAAGGAUGGCAAAAAGAGUCUUCAGGGAGCAAAAAUGGAAGUUCUUCACAGGAGAAAAAAAAUCAAAGUUUAUUGAAUAAAAAUUCAACUGUUUUAAAAACUGUAAUGAGAGCUUUGAAGUUUCCAAGAAUAAUGGAAUUCAUUCCAGUCCUUCUGCCUCGACAUUUUCACAGUCUUCUGAACUCAGAACAUCCUGAGAGCCUGUUCAGAGACUUGGAAGAGAUCCUAAAUACCUGUCCAUGGAAACUUGGCUUUAGUAGAAUAACUUACAGAGAAUUGAAGCUUAUUGGGUGUGAAGCAACUUGGCUGGCAUUUUGUCAAUGUGAAUUUCUUUUCCAAAAAAUGAAUAAUUUGGAGAAGAAUGCACUAAUAACGUAUAAUGAACUGAAACAGAUAUGUAGAGAGUAUGGACACACUUAUGUUAAAGAAAGUGAAUUAACCUCUAGGCUGUCUGAAAAGGUUUCAUUUCAAGACGUUUGGUAUUCUCUGAAGUUUUUGAAAGAUAAUGGGAUAGUUUCAAAUGAAAAAGAGUGUAUCUUUCUCAGUGAUCUUUAUGAAGCUGAGAGAGAUGUUGCCUCUUUGGUACAUGACCUUAUGACAUCACCAUCAUGGAAUUUAAAAGUGGAUGUGAAAGAAGUUCUUGCUUCUAUGGAGACUAGGAGAUCUAAGUAUACAGAAGAAGGUGAUGCAAUGAAUAUCAGCGAAUCUCAGGAAGAAAAGUUAGAAAAUGAUGGUCGUGCUUUGGACAUGCAGAGCCCUAGUAACCAAAUUUCCCAUGCAGAUGAAAAUGAAAGUAAUUUUGAAAUGCCAAACCAAGCACAACUGGACCAGGAUCAGGUGGCUGCCCUGGAAAUGAUUUGUUCUAAUGCAGUGACAGUUGUCAGUGGGAAAGGUGGCUGUGGAAAGACCACAAUUGUAAGCCAUCUCUUUAAGUAUGUGGAGCAAAUGGAAAAGACAGAAGUGUGGAAAGCUUGUGAAGACUUCGAGCAAGACCUAGAUGCACCAGAAGAAUGGAACACUUUUGUUGAUCAAAGUGAAUGGAAUGAUAAUAAACGUAUAGAAGUAUUGUUCACAGCACCCACUGGUAAAGCUGCUAGUUUACUGAGAGAGAAGACUCGCCUUGCUGCUUAUACAUUACAUCAGAUAAAGUACAGCUUCUAUUCAUGGCAGAGACCAAAGGAGAAAAAGAAGGACAAAUAUCCGUGGAAAUUUUCUUCAGUGAGAGUUCUGGUUGUGGAUGAAGGGAGCUUAGUCUGCAUAGCAGUCUUCAGAUCAAUUGUAAAUUUGUUGCGUAAACAUGCCAAACUUGUGAAGCUGGUUAUUCUUGGUGAUGUCAGACAGUUACCCAGCAUUGAGCCUGGUAACUUGCUAAUGGACCUAUUUGAGACUCUCAAAUCAAGAAACUGUGCUGUGGAACUAAAAACUAACCACAGAGCAGAAUCUCAGCUCAUUGUAGAUAACGCAGCAAGAAUCUCUAGGCGACAGUUUCCAAAGUUUGAUGCAGAGUUGACAAUUUCCAAUGAUCUGGCCAACUCACUCCCAGAUCAAAAUAAGAGGUUUAUUUUUGUUAGACUGCCUGAAGAUAAUAGUCAAUCUCAGUCAUCUCAAAGGAACUAUCGCUCUUACUUGUAUUCUGCAGUUAAAACUUUACUUAAUGGAGCAAUGGAACUAAAGCAGGCUACAUCACAGUUCAUUGCGUUCAGAAAGCAAGACUGUGACCUAAUAAAUGAAUGCUGUUGUAACUUCUACUCAGGCCACUUACCCAAAAAUCAUAAAGGUAGACUUGUCUUUCAAAGAGGUGAUAAAAUCUGUUGCACCAGGAAUGCUUACCUCUCAGACUUACUUGCUCAAAAUUCUGAUAGCCUUCAAACUGAAAAAUUAGAAUUGGACCAUGCUGGGGAGCCUGAUGCAUCUUAUGAUAGUAAACAAUCCAAAAAAUGCCAUGGCUCUGAAAAUGACAUCCGGCUAUGCAAUGGAGAGAUAUUUUUCAUAACAAAUGAUGUACAGAAUGAAAAGGGAAGAUUUUUGACUAUUAAUAAUAUGGCUGACUUAGAGGUUACUGUAGACUUCAAAAAACUAGUGAAUUUUUGCCGUAUAAGGCAUGCUUGGGCAAGAACAAUUCAUACAUUUCAGGGGUCAGAAGAAGACACAAUAGUUUAUGUCAUUGGAAAAGCUGGUCGACAGCACUGGCAACAUGUUUACACAGCUAUAACACGAGGUCGCUCUCGAGUAUAUGUUAUAGCAGAAAAGUCCCAGCUCCAGAAAGCAGUGAAGCAAAAUAGUUUUCCCAGACAAACUCGUUUAAAACAUUUUUUGCAAAGGAAUUUUGCUGAUAGCUAUACAUUUCCAGAAGAGGCAUCAUUCCCAUCCAAAAGCCAUGGACAAAAUAAAGGACACGGCUCCCAACCUUCAACAACUCCAUUAGACCCGAUCAUACCUGGAAUCUUUAUUGAAACACAUGACUCCGUAGAUAAAGAUGUGACAUUAGUUACUGGUAAAGGAGAGAAAUUGGUUUCAUUUGUGGAAACUGAUGAGGAAGAAGAUUCAUUGGAGUUAAGAGGAACAAAGAGAAGUACCACAAAUGACUUUGAAAGUCCAAACAAAUUACUUCUGGUGGAACAGACAUCACCACUUGUAUCUGCCAGACUUCAAAAUAUGACCCUGAAUAGCUUGACUCCCAAGCAGCUUUUCAAAACUGCGAGCAGUGAAAGAACUUAAGUUCUGGCUGAACAAAAUGAUUAUGACACAUUUUUGUCUUUGAUGAGAAAAUACAUAGCAAUAUCUUCAAAUGAUGAAGGUAAAAUUGGCCAAGUUUUAAGUAGAAUUUUUAUAUUUUACAGAUUUUAUUUUAAAGCAAAAGCAUGAAGAUUUAAAGGCAUUUUACUGGCAUAACUUAUAACAGAGAAGCUAAAAUGAGCUUUUAAAAAUGAAACAUGAUACAAAACCCAAAACUUACAUAGUUUUAUUUGAACUUUUUCAAAAUUUUAGUAUUAUGGCUUUAAUUGUUAGUAUAAUUAUGGUCAGUAUUUGCUUAUCUUUGAUAAUAUGAUUUGGUUAUUGGAUUAGGGCAGAAAAAAAUUUAAUCAUUAUAUGGGGGUAUGGCUACAGAGUAAUGGGACUAUACUUUAAAACAAACACUAGAAUUGUUAUACCAAAAGAGUGUUACCUCCUUUUAAAAAGUACCCACCUGUUGAGGCCAUAUACUUCCCAGGGUGCAAAUCAUGCUGAGAUCUUCCUUUUGGGAACUUCAUGCUUGUUGCAUGUUUUUCUGAGUGUGGAACAUAGUAGCCAACUAACAACUCUGUGGGUAGAGAAGUCUUUUGGAGCCAAGACCAGUGAAUCAGGAAGAGAUCAACCUUUGGGUAAUUUUAUUUUUUGGUAAAACAAAGUGUGACUCUAAACUGCACCUGAAACCAGUGCCAAAAAUGGCAUUUAGAAAGUGUUUUGAGGAAAGGUUUUAGAAUGCAUUGUAAGAUUCUCAUCAUCCAUCCCAAAUGUAUACUUACCUCUGAAAUUGUUAUAUUUAGGCAAACAUACAAUUUAGUUCAUAUCUUGUAGGCAGCCUCCAACUGACAGUAUAGAAGGAGGUAACCCCAAAAGCAUAAUGGGAAAAACCAGUCUGGCGUUAGAAAAGCUGUCCAUGGAAUAUGAGAUUUGAAUAAAUGAACAAAUACAUUUUUAGAAUAUUUUACUGUCUCUAUGAUGCAAUCAUGUAUUACAUGAUAUAAUUUUUAAUGUCUUAUUGAAUGAAAGAUAGUAAAAAAAAUGCCAAAAAGAAAUGAUGUUUGGAUUUCAACCUAACCGUUUACAGUAAUAGAAUAUAAUUAGAAAAGAACUGUUAUCCCCUCCAACCCCUAGUGUAAUACAGGAAUUCUUUCUGCCAUAUCAUCGAACGGUGGGGUUUUUUUAGGGACAAGGAGCUACCAAGAUUUUUCAGGGACAAAGAACUGUUUUGUAAGGCAACCCAUUCCAUUGUUGGCCAGAUCUGAUUUUGGUGAGUUCUAGUCGAAACCAUAUUGGAACAGAAAUUUCCUCUAUUGCACUCUCCUACAUGGUAAUUCUCAUACAGUCUUUGCUUGAAUACCUUAAGUAAGGAGAACCAAGACAGUGUAGUUCGACUUUGGGAUCACUCUGAUUGUUAUGAAGGUUUUUUUCAUGCCUAAAUUUGCCUCUUUGCAACCUCCAUCAUUCUUAGAUCUACCCAUGGCUAAACAAGUCUAAUUUACCCCUCUUACUCUAAUGACUUUGCUUCUAUAAAUGCAGCCUAAGAUUACAUUAGCAUUUUUUAGGAGCCAUCUCAUACUGAUUUGUAGAAUCUGAGUUGGAAGAGAUUCUCCCCUCCUCCCCCCCCAAGGCCCUCAAGUCCAGCCUGCACCUGAACAAGAAAACUUCCCCACAUCAUACCUGAAAAGUGGUCAUGCUGCAUUUGUUUGAAAACCUUCAGUGAGGGGAAACCAAAAGUCCCUCCUUGGAAAGGAGGGAGAGGAAUAUACCUCUCUUCAACUUCCACCCCUUGUGGCUAAUUCUGUAAUCCCUCAUCCACACAACUAUCCUUUAGCUAUUAGACAGCUUUCAUGUCUUCUCAGACUAAAUGUUAGCUGAAGUCAUCCUUGGUUCUUCUUUUGAUCCUUAUGUGGCAUGACCUUAAAGUUCUUCACCAGCCUGUUUGUGCUUUCCUUUGGACACCCUCCAGUUUAAACAGUGCCCUUUCUAAGAUGUAUCACCCUGGUUGGUUUGUUUAUUUUUAUUUCAUAUGAAUGAUUUUCAAGUCAAAUCCUCCCCCCAACCUCCCCCCCCCCCCACCUCUUAUUUACUGACUUAAUUGAUUUUAAACACUUAAAUGCAGGACUUCACAUUUAUUCUAGUCAAAUUUCAUCUUGUUGGCUUUGAUCCAUUCACUGGAUUAUAGAGUAAAUUCCAUGUAAGAUUUACAAAUAAUAUAUUCCAGAAAGUCAAGAAUAUGGAUAGUUUAAAUGUUCAUUUUAAUAGAAUUUGACGAGGUGAUAAGAUGCUUCUAUUCAACAGUUGUAAAAAUCGGUGCAUUAUAAAUAGUAGGUGCUUAAUUGUUGGAUUGAAUUGAAAGUGAAAAAAAUAACUGCAGUCUUCCAUGGUCAAAAUAGUCAUCCUUGUUAAAGAAAGAUGGCACAAUAGUUGAAGCAUCUUCUGUCAGUUCCAUGGUUUAUCAUAGAUAUGUGUCAUAUAAAAUAUUUUCAUGAACUAAAUUCUUGGAAGUCCUGCAUUAUUUUAAGACCUCUGUUUUUAAACAUCAUUCAUCUAAAUUAAACUUUCAAUCUUGUAUUAUAUCUGUUCUAUACUCUGCAAUAUCUAGCCAAAGUGGAUUUAGGUUUAUACUGAAUGUCAUACUUUGUCUUUUUUAAAUUACUGUUUAUUCCACUGUGUACAGCUUGAUUUUUUUCAUACAAAUUUGCAACAAUUCUGAGCUCCCAAAAACCAUACAUAGACGAUAAAUAUCAUGCUAUUAAAGUAUUAAAUUUGUACAAAAAU